AUGCCCACCCAGCUUGCACCCCGACCUCCAGCAGGUCCAUGUUCCGGGGGCAGACAUGUCUGCAUUCUGGGAGCGGGCCCCGCGGGGCGACGUAUUGCUGCCUCGUGGGCCGCUGGGGGAUACAAAAUUCGCAUCCGGGACCGCAACACGAAACUGCUCUCUGGCGCCAUGGAAUACCUCUCAGAGGAAUUGUGGAGGCAUAAUCCUCGAGACGAGAGCUGUCGGAACAACAUCGUAGACUGCGGAGCACAGACGCUCGCGGAAACCGUGCCGGACGCCUGGCUUAUCAUCGAAUGCGGUCCGGAUGAAGCGGACAACCUAAACGCCAAAGUCAGGCUCCUCCGCCGGGUACAGGAGCUUGCCGAAAGCGAUGCGAUUAUAGCCACGAACUCGAUACUACACACGCCGGAGGAUAUCGCUAUAGACCGGCAAAUCGAUCCCGAGACGGCCCAACGCAUGCUGACCAUGCGCUACUUUUCCCCGCCCGAGAUUCGCCUCGUGGAGCUCCAGGCGUGGCGGGGAACCAAAGACGGCGUCUUAGCCUCGGCCAGGUCGGCUCUGGAAGAAUGUGGCAUGGUUCCGGUAGUCGCCAUGAACGGACACCACGGGCUUGUCCUCAGUCGCGUAUGGGCUGCCAUCGCGCGGGAAAUCUCGACGAUCCGGUCACAAGAUGUCGCCUCGCACAAAACGAUAGACAAGGCGUGGACCGAGGUUUUCAUCAGAAGUAAGCUGGCUCCUUGCAUGAUGAUGGACCGCCAGGGGUUGGAAAACCUCGCGCUGAUCGAGCGGGAUUACAUCGACAACCGUGAUCACCCAGACACCGAGGCCGUCAACUACCUCCAACGACUCAUCAACGAAGGGAGGGUUGGAGCUGGCAGUGACCUGGGCGGUCUGUGCCCGCCGAUGGAUUUGGAGCCACCCACGCCAAUUUUGUAUGUGCUCGAGGCCGCGAAUGGCGGGUACCCAAGACCACUCCGGCUCCUUUUUGGCCCCGCAGAGAGCAGCUUCCCGGCGAGCACCGCCGAUCUCGACCCGUUGCUCCUUGGGAGUAGGCACUACGGGCUCGCCGUGAGCCACCCACUCGAAACGCUCUUUUGGAGCCUCACCGACAUCAACAAAAGCAGUGAUUCCGCCAUCAUGACGUCCGAUUUGCGCGGAGGUCACGCGCGGCUACUCAUACCUCCUGGUGUGGUGCACUCCCCGUCCAGGAUCGCCGUCGACGAGGAACGGCGGAAACUGUAUUUCACCGAUUGCGGCGGCAUGCGCGUGUUCGGGUGCAAUCUUGACGGCACCGGCCUGGAGAUUUUGUUCCGCUCUGUGGGCUGGAUGGAUGCAAUUCUGGAACUUGACCGCCCAAGCGGUGAUAUCGCGUUCUCGGCAAAGUUUGACCUCCUCUACUGGACCGUGAGAUCGUCCUUGGCUCAAGACGGUGGGAAGAUAUACUGGGGCCCAGCCGAGAAGCCGGACGGGUGCAGCCCUGAUACGAGAUCCGAUAUCGAUGAUUACGCCGGAAGCCUCCGAGACCUGACUGCGAUUGAGGUGGGCGAAGACGGCGAUAUGGAGUUCAUCUAUUGGUCAGAGGCAAGCGUGUCGGAAAACAUCAACUCCUUGAAUCGGACUACCACAACGUGUCGGGAGAGAGUGAGUAUGUGGGAUGCGGGCGGGGGUCUGGCACAUUUGGCCAUGGACAAGAGAACAUCCGGCCAGGAAGUAUACGUCGCGGACAGCUACCGAUUCGGAGGGGUGUACCUGUUUGACAUGGGCGGCGAGGAAACGUUGCAAAAGAAUAUAUACAGGUCGGAAGGGUCUAUCAUGUGCUUUGGCAUAGGCUUCCCCCCGUUUCCCAGCAUCUUCGCAAUCGAAGUCCCUGGCGAGGCGGCCCCGCUAAAUCAGUGGGAGCUGGUAAAGGCACUCGCCAGUGCUGGCACGUCAACCGACCACAGCCAGAGGCAGUCGGCCAGCCAGCAGCUUCAGACAUGGGAAUCCCACCCAGAUUAUUACACCCAUCUCCAGACAAUCUACCUCGACACAUCGCAGGAUAAGCAGGUCCGCUUCCUCGCCAUUAUUCUCCUAAAAAAUGGCAUCGACAAGUACUGGAGACAUCAGAACCACGCGGCCAAGAAUGCCAUCAGACCCGAAAAUAAACAGGCGAUACGCUCUCGGCUGCUACAGGGCUCGCUCGGCGAGGAGGAUAGGACCCUGGCGCUGCAUAACGCCCUCGUCACAGCCAAGAUCGUUCGGAUAGACUACCCGACCGAGUGGCCGGACGUCUUUUCUACUAUCAUGGAGUUGACGAAAGCGGCCAAUGCAUCGAAUCCACUGCACCUGCGUGGUGCCCUGUUAGUGCUGCUCCGAAUCGUCAAGGAGAUGAGCACGGCCCGGCUGCGUAAGUCGCAGACAGCGCUGCAGGCCGUCACCCCGGAGCUCGUACAGCUGCUCGGCAACAUAUACACUGAGAAGACAGCGUAUUGGCAAGAGCUGUGGACAAAAGGCGGCGACGAUUCCGCGGUAGGCUUCGCCGUUGAAAACAGCUUGACGGCACUCAAAGUGCUACGGCGACUGGUCACUGUCGGCUACGAGCAGCCCCAUACGGAUUCCAUGGUUUGCGGCUUCUGGUCUUUAUCACAGUCCCAAUUCGACCAGUUUCUCAACGGUAUGAGCCAGGACUCGUGGAUCCCGGCUCCCUAUCAGGACGUGGUCGGCAAGCACCUUAUCCAGUUCACCAAGCUUCAUAUCGACAUGUCCGAGAUGCACCCGGCUAGCUUCCCCGUGCUUCCGGGCUCGAUUCCUCUGGUCAAGGCCUACUGGAGCCUCGUCAAAGGGUUCUCGGAAGUAUUUGAUAAGUCGGGUGGUAUCAGGCAAACCUCGGGCGGGACCGCCGGUGGGAACCCCAAGCACGAAGGACCCCUGUACGAGAAGCUCGCGCUCAAGGGCCUGUUGCUUCUAAGGAGCUGCGUAGCCAUCGCACACCAGCCGGUGCAGACAUUCAAGUAUCGGAGCCCGGAGGUCAAAGAGUUGGAAAAGCAAGCUGUACAUACCCUCAAGGUGGAGCUCCUGUCAAGAGACAUGCUCCUUGACAUGUUGCAGGUCAUAGUCAGCAAACUGUUCAUUUUCCGCAAAUCUGACCUCGAGGCCUGGGAAGAGGACCCGGAGGGGUGGGAAGCGCAAGAGAGAACCGAAGGCCAGGCAUACGAGUGGGCGGUCCGCCCUUGCGCCGAGAGACUGCUCCUCGACCUCCUCAUGCACUACAAGGAUCUUGGCGAGCCGCUGCUCGAGUAUUGCAACCUCGCCACCAAGAUGGACAUGGACAUCGUCACCAAGGAGGCUGCUUAUUGCGCCUUGGGCUGCGCAGCCGCCAUCAUCUACCAGAAAUUCGACUUUGACCACUUCCUAACCACCUUCCUGGUUAAGGACGUCCAGAUCCAGGACCCGAUGGCCAAACUGCUACGCCGCCGGAUAGCCAUCUUGAUCAGCCAGUGGAUCACGGUCAAGGUUUCUCAGGCCAGCAGGCCUGUCGUGUACGAAAUCUACCGCCACUUGCUGAACACGGACAGCGAGCACAACGACGAGGUCGUCCGCAUCACGGCGGCGCGCCAGCUCAAGUGCGUGGCUGACGACUUUGAGUUCACCGGGGAGGCUUUUUACCCCUUUGCGGCCGACAUAUUCAACCUCUUGGUCAAUCUCCUCAAGGAGGUGGAGAACGACGAGACGAGGCUGGCGAUUCUAGAAACGGUUCGACUGGUCGUGACGCGGAUGGAGACUCACGUAUCGCAGUUCGGGGACGCCAUUAUGCUGACGCUCCCUCAGCUGUGGGAGUCCGCUGCGAGUGAGGAGUACAUGAUCAAGCAGUCGGUGCUCGCAAUCAUGUCGGCCUUGGUCUCAUCCAUGCGCACCGAGUCGCAGCGGUACCAGGGGGUCAUCCUGCCGCUGCUUCGAGAGGCGAUGAAUCCCCAGUCGGCACUCCACCUGCACUUGAUUGAGGAGUCGGUUGAUCUCUGGAAGGCCAUAUUGACACAAAGCUCACCGCCGCUCAACCCGGACCUCACGCAGAUGGUCCAACUGGCUCUCCCGCUGCUCGAGUAUGACACGGCGGUGGCGAAUCAGUGCUUGGAUAUCGUCAAAGACUACAUCGUCUUGGCACCGCAAGACAUGUUGAGCGACGCCCUCCGGCGCCCAACCCUGGCGGGACUAGCGAAGGCGCUGGACUCGUCGACCCGGGAUCAGUCCAAGGUCGGCGCAAAGUCGAUCGAGCUCGUCAUCCGCGUGGCCGAGGAAUUCGGCGGCGUCCAGGGCGUCUCGGUCGUCGCCCAGGACCUGCUCGCGAUCGGCGUGCUUCGUACCAUCCUCGAAGGGCUGCACAGCAGGUGGGAGGCCAGCCAGACGACAGGGCCCAACCGAAAAACCAGCCAAAUCAGCACCAUCAAGGAAACCGACUACUUCGCCAUCCUCGCGCGCAUCGCCCUCGCCGACCCAGCCCUGCUCGUCAGCAUGCUAACCAGCUUCGGCACCCCCAUCGAACAGGUCUGGGCCUGGCUGGGCACGCAAUGGUUCGCGCACUUCGACUCCACCGCCGACGUCGACCGCCAAAAGCUCUCCUGCCUCGCCCUCACCCGCCUCUGCGAGCUCCCCGACCCCGCCCAGUCCCUCGUCCUCGGCCACCUGCAGGACUACCUCUCCAUGUGGACCAGCGUCGUCACCGAGCUCGCCGACGACGACGGCAGCGGCGGCAGCGGCGGCGCCCCGCUCGGCGCCCGCGACAGCCUCGUCUGGACCGAGGCCGGCCGCUACGAGUAUGAUACCCCUCUCGAUGUCCAUGAGCGGGAGCUGGCCUUCAAGGACCCGGUACAUCGCGUGGUGUCGUUUGAGUUUGUGCGUGCCCGGCUGGCGGAUCUGGUCCAGCGGGUGGGGGGGGAGCACGUCUUUGAGGCGGAGUGGGCGGUCAAUGUCGAUCGCGAGGUGUUGGCGGGGUUUCAGCGGUUGAGUCAACCUGUUGGGAGGGAGGAGGGGUGA